ACAACAUUAUUAAUAUUGCUACUACGGAUAAUUUCAACAAAAACUCCUCAAAACAGCCCACUACCUAUAAUAUGGGCUUCUUAAACAUAAGAUCAUUACCUUCCAAAACGUUAUUAGUUAAUGAGGUCAUUAGAGACAAUAAUCUUGACGUUAUUGGUCUCGCCGAGACCUGGCUCAAACCAGACGAUUUCUUUGCGCUGGGUGAGGCAUCUCCUCCUGGCUAUGCGGGAGCGCAUAUUGCCCGUCCCAUUAAAAGGGGUGGGGGAGUUGCACUCAUACACAAUAAAAACUUUAAUCUUACCCCGAACCUAAAUAAUAAAUAUAACUCGUUUGAGAUGCUUACUAUGAGGUUUGUCACACCGCUGCCUCUCCACCUGGCUGUUAUCUACCGCCCCCCAGGACCCAAUUCGGACUUCAUCAGUGAAUUUUCAGAGUUCGUUGCUUAUUUAGUGACGCACGCCGACAAUAUAAUCAUAAUGGGGGACUUUAAUAUCCAUAUGAAUACCCCAUCGGACCCUCAGUGCAUGGCGCUCCAGACUAUAAUUGAUAGCUGUGGUCUUACACAAAUAAUAAAUGAACCUACGCAUCGCAACGGAAAUACGAUAGAGCUAGUGCUGGUCAGGGGUGUCACCACCUCCAAAGUUACGAUACUCCCGUAUACUAAAGUAAUGUCCGAUCAUUACCUUAUAAAAUUUGAAGUUCUGACUCAUUGUCAACAAACUAAUAAUAAUAACUACUAUAGCAGCCGCAACAUUAAUGCUGCCACAACGAUGACUCUUGCUGGCCUACUGCCUUCGGUAAUGGAACCAUUCCCAAAUUAUGUCGGCUCUAUUGAUAACCUCACUAACAACUUUAACGACGCCCUGCGCGACACCAUUGAUAGUAUAGCACCGCUAAAGCUUAAAAGAGCCCCUAAAAGGCGCACCCCAUGGUUUACAGAAGAAACUAGAGCCCAUAAAUUAUCAUGUAGAAAGCUGGAACGCAAAUGGCGCGCUACUAAACUUGAGGUUUUCCAUCAAGCAUGGAGUGAUAGUUUAAUAACUUAUAAACACAUGCUUACCCUAGCUAAAGCUAAAUAUUACUCAAAUCUCAUCCACCUCAACAAAAAUGAUCCGAAAUUUUUGUUUAGUACAGUAGCAUCGCUAACCCAACAAGGGACUCCUCCCAGUAGCUCCACCCACUCAGCAGAUGAUUUUAUGAAUUUCUUUAAUAAGAAAAUUGAACUCUUUAGAAAGGAGAUUAAAGACAAUGCAUCGCAGCUACAACUGGGUUCUAUUAACACAGAUACGACUGUAUCUACGAAGGAUACCGCCCUCCAAAAUAGUUUCUCUCUCUUUGAUGAAAUAACACUAGAGGAAUUGUUAAGAUGUGUCAAUGGGACAAAACAAACAACAUGUCUACUUGACCCAUUUCCUGGGAAACUUAUUAAGGAGCUUUUUGUAUUAUUAGGUCCAUCAGUGCUAAAUAUUAUAAACUUAUCACUUUCCUCUGGCACUGUUCCACUAGCAUUCAAAAAAGCGGUUAUUCAUCUUUUGCUCAAAAGACCUAACCUCGAUCCUGACCUCAUGGUAAACUACCGGCCGGUGUCCCACCUUCCGUUUAUCUCGAAAAUCCUCGAAAAAAUUGUCGCACAGCAGCUAAAUGAACACUUAAUGUCUAACAAUCUCUGUGAACCUUUUCAAUCCGGUUUCAGGGCAAAUCACUCUACGGAGACAGCCCUCGCAAAAAUGACUAAUGAUCUACUGCUAACGAUGGAUUCUGAUGCGUCAUCUAUGUUGCUGUUUCUUGAUCUUAGCGCUGCUUUCGAUACCGUCGAUCAUAACAUUUUAUUAGAGCGUAUCAAAACACGUAUUGGUAUGUCAGACUUAGCCUUGUCGUGGUUUAACUCUUAUCUUACUGACAGGAUGCAGUGCGUCUCCCAUAACAAUGUGACCUCGGACUAUGUUAAGGUAACGUGCGGAGUCCCCCAAGGUUCGGUUCUUGGCCCUGCACUCUUUAGUAUUUACAUGUUGCCGCUAGGCGACAUCAUACGCAAAUACGGUGUUAGCUUUCAUUGCUAUGCUGAUGACACCCAACUCUACAUGCCCCUAAAGCUGACCAACACGCCGGAUUGUAGUCAGCUGGAGGCGUGUCUUAAUGAAAUUAAACAAUGGAUGUCCGCUAACUUCUUGCAACUCAACACUAAGAAAACGGAAAUGCUGAUUAUCGGUCCUGCUAAACACCGACAUUUAUUUGAUAAUACCACCUUAACAUUUGACAACCAAACAAUUACACAAAGCGACUCAGUAAAGAAUCUGGGUAUUAUCUUCGACCCAACUCUCUCCUUUGAGUCACACAUUAAGAGUGUUACUAAAACGGCCUUCUUUCAUCUCCGUAAUAUCGCUAAAAUUCGUUCCAUUUUGUCCACUAGCGACGCUGAGAUCAUUAUUCAUGCGUUCGUUACGUCUCGUCUCGAUUACUGUAACGUAUUAUUUUCGUGUCUCCCUAUGUCUAGCAUUAAAAGAUUACAGUUGGUACAAAAUGCGGCUGCUAGACUUUUGACAAGAACAAGAAAGUUUGAUCAUAUUACGCCUAUACUGGCUCACCUGCACUGGCUUCCUGUGCACUUAAGAUGCGACUUUAAGGUUUUACUACUUACGUAUAAAAUACUACACGGUCUAGCUCCAGCUUAUCUUGCCGAUUGUAUUGUACCAUAUGUCCCGGCAAGAAAUCUGCGUUCAAAGAACUCCGGCUUAUUAGUGAUUCCCAGAGCCCAAAAAAAGUCUGCGGGCUGUAGAGCGUUUUCUAUUCGGGCUCUGCUUCUCCCUACUCGGCAGGAGCACCUAGAGGCUCCGCGGCAAGCACCGCAGGACACGCCCCCAGACGCGCCGCGCAGACCGCGGCCACGAGCCUCCACAGCCGGAGUACCUCCGUGUCUCAGCAGUGAGCCGUGCGCCUCACCUGCUGAUCUACCCCUGGACUCUGACUGCCUUCCUCGACCCCCGCGCUCGGACCUGGACUUCUGGACGCCUCUCUCCUGCCCCACGGACUUCGCUCGGAUCACGGACCUCAUUUGCUUCGCCCCUCUGGACUUGUUUGCUGCCACAACCAACACGCACUUACAACAACCUCUGACAGCCAGAGAGAGUGUGGCGUUGUCACAGGAGAAGGACGUGUCUUUCAUAUCCAAGAUGGCACAUAAGAAGAAAGCUGAUGAUACAGUGAAAGUGCAGCAGCAGGAGAUGAACAUCGAUCUUAAGGCCCAAGAUGAAAGCAAUCCAAUGAGAUUUCAAGAAUACCUGAUGAACAAAAGCAUCACAAAUCAAACACAACAGCCUUCAAUCUCGCAGUUCCUGGACAAUCGUGUCAGGCAUUACAGUACGACUCAUCCACAGCAGAAAGCUAUCACCAAUGCAAUACUGUCUGACUUGAUUAUUGAUUGCAACUUGCCCCUGUCUAUUGUGGAAAACAAGAGUUUUCGCCACUUUCUGACAGUACUUGACAGCAAGUACAGCCCAGUGUGUCGCAGAACACUGACAUCAAAAACAGAGAACCUCGCUGAAGAAAGAAGAUCAAAAUUAAAAACUCAAUUGAGCCACAUUGACCAUGUUUCAGUGACUGUGGACAUUUGGUCUGACCGAAAGAUGAGGGGAUUCCUCGGUGUCACUGUGCACUGGUUGGACAAAGAGGCAGAGAGGAUACAGCUCAAGUCCAAUCUCUUGGCUUGUGAGCACUUCAAAGGCUCACAUACAGCUGAACGAAUCUGUGACAAAUUUGAGGCAAUAUGUGAUGAAUACAACAUUAAAGCUAAACUGGACUACAUUAUUAGUGACAAUGCUGCUAACAUGCGAAAAGCAUUCACUGUGUGCUUCCCCAGUGAACAAGAGGAUGACGAUGAUGGAGAUCAUCUUGAUGACCCUGAGCUCUGGUGUGAUUUAACCGUGGAAGAUCAGCAAACGGUAGAUGUUGCUUUGGCAAAGAAAAAGUGCUUGCAGUGUUUUGCGCACACUCUUCAGCUGGUGGUGGGAGAUGGUUUGAAAGAUACAAAAGUGGUCUCACUGCUGCACACAAGCACAACAUUCAAAGAUAUGUUUGAUGCUGAAUUUGGGGAACAGAAAGGCAUUCCUGCUGCAGUCAACACAAGAUGGAACUCAACACUGAGGCAAGUGAAGGCUGUUCUCCUGUGCAAUCAAGUAAGGCUCUGUGCUGUUCUAGAAAAGACUGGGCACAGGGAGUUGUCGUUCACAGCACGGGAGUGGAAUCUGUUGAAAGAGUUGGUGGACAUCUUGAAGCCAUUUGGAGAAGCAACUGAUUUGACACACGGGGAGAAGGUCAUCACAAUCAGUGCUGUUGUUCCAUCCAUCUUGUCCCUCAACCACCACCUUGAGAAACUGAAGCCUCAGGUCUGUUUCCUGAGCGGCCUGGUCAGAAGUCUCCAGAUAUCCCUGAACAAAAGAUUUCUUGGAAUCUUCAUCAAUGUGAAAAUGACCAGGACACAAGAUGGGAUCACUGCUCCUUUUUCAGAUCCAGUCUACCUCAAAGCAGCUGCCUUGGAUCCAGCCUGUUCUCUGUUGUGGGUGGAGCCCCAUGUGCUGGUCAGUCGUGACGUCAAGGCAUUGGUGACACAACAGGUUAAAGAAUUGAUCCUGCAAGAUGCUGCAGAGACUGAGCAACCUGCGCCUCUUGUUGAUGAAGAAGAGCAAGGGGACCUUGGAGAAGGAGAAGGGCUGUUUGCUGCUUACCACAAGAGACGGAAGAAGGAUGUUGGGACUACUCCAGCACUACAGCUAAGUCACUACCUUGACAUAGCUGAAGGACAGAAUGCCCUUUUGUUCUGGGCAUUGAACAUGAAGACUCUUCCUUCACUGUUCCGAGUGGCCAUGAGAGUCUUGGCAGUGCCUGCCUCCAGUGCUCCAGUGGAGCGAGUUUUCAGCCAUGGUGGCAUCAUACUACGCCCCCAUCGUGCACAAAUGACUGACAGACUCUUGGCUAAUUUGGUCUUUUGCAAAUGCAAUGCAGCAUAGGGCCCUGACAUAUAAAAAGUACAACUUUUUUGUUAUGUUCACGUAUAUGUCAUGUUUUUUCAAUGUUAACACUUUUGUACAAAUAAGUACAUUUGCACUUUAUUUUUCAAUGUGUUUAUUCUGUAAAGGAAUUAGUUAAUGUUUAAAAUGACUGGUUAAUAGUGCUAUUAUAAAGUGCAAUGUCAGCACAAUUUUCUUUCCUGUAAUUUAAAAUGCACUUGUUUUAAUAAAUAAA